UUUCCAUUAAUCACAACGAAAGCAUUAGCACUACCCAAGAGAUAGAUUUAAAGGAGAGAUAAAUAGAGAGGUAGAGAUAUGGAAUUAAAGAGAUCUUCGUGCCUUGCUUUCUUCCUCUCUAUAAACCUUCUCGUCUUUGCCCUAGCAAGUGGUUGCAACACUUGUUCCCAGCCUCACCCACUCCCCAACACAAAGCCGAGCCCUGCUAGUGGUGGUUCAAGUAAUACUAAGAGCUGCCCAAGAGAUGCCCUAAAGUUGGGAGUCUGUGCCAAGUUGCUUAAUGGACCGAUUGGUGCAGUUGUUGGGACACCACCGGAUACCCCUUGCUGCUCGCUUCUUCAAGGGCUUGUUGACCUCGAAGUUGCAGUCUGCCUUUGUACAGCUAUUAAAGCUAACAUUCUUGGCCUAAAUCUUAACAUCCCAGUUUCAUUGAGCUUGCUUAUCAAUACUUGUGGCAAAACACUCCCCAAAGAUUUCCAGUGUGCUUAAUUAUAGCAAUAAAUUUGUUAUUGUGUCUUGUUAAUUUUUCAGCAACAACUAUUGCUAAGUUACUUGUAUUUUUCUGAGUCUUACCUUGUUUUUUUUUUUUUUUUUUUACUCUUCUGAGUUUUACUUUGUUUUUCUUUCUUGUUUCAAUAACACUGAGAUUGCAAUUUAAAUUGUAAAUUCUUAGUGCAGUUGAACCUUAUAUAUGUAAGCAGGUGGUUUGAAUUAAUUUCUGAAGUUUGUUGUUACAUGAAAUUUGCUCAUUUCAUUUUCUUAUAUACAUAUAUAUAUAUAUAUU